AUGGCCUCUGGAAAUAGCAGUCUCCAAUCAGCAUUAGAAAGGGCACGGUCUAAUCUUUCUUUGACAUGCCCAAGACCAGGCCGAAGGUUGCUCCAGCACGUGACCUCCGCCGCCACCUACGCCACCCUCCGCGGCGUGUGCCGGAGUUGGAGAGCCGCGCUCCCCGCCACCGUGCCCCGCCCGCACCGCCUCCCCCUGCAGCUCCCCUUCCUCUUCCUCUUUGCCCUCAGCCCUCAUGAUCCCGCCAGCCAGGCCUUCUCCCUCACCACCAAUCACAACUUUGCCAUCCGCCACCUUGCCGACGCUCAUAGGAGCGUCUCCGUCGGCUCCGGCUAUGGGUGGCUCCUCCUUCUCGACCCCAUGUGCAACCUCAUCCUCCGCAACCCCUUCACAGGCGACACGAUCCGUCUCCCCUCCCUUGACGGCACCGUUGCCCUCAACUACAAAGGGAAUCUGCCGCCCGAUCAUUACUUUCUUGUCCACCGAGCCAUCUUAUCAUCCGACCCUUCUGCCGACCGCAACUUCUUGGUAGUCCUCUUCAGCAGCGCAUCGGUAUCCCGCUGCUUCACCUGGCGGAGUGGUGACAAUUUCUGGACCGUCCAUGAGCACCCCGCGUUCUUCGUCGACGAUAUCAUAUUCUACGAAGACCGCCGCUGCAUCGCCGUCGGCUUCGAUGGAGCAUGUGCGGUCUUCGACUUCGCCACGGCUGAUGGCGGCAACGGCUUCUUCACGGAAGUGCCCAACUUGCCGGUUUCAGGAUCGCCGUUCUUGGUCGAAUCUGCAGGGCAUGUGUGGCUCGUUACGGUGAUGAUGAGUAUCAUCCCAAGAAAAGAAGCCAAAGUUGAGAUUUAUAGGCUCGACUUGAGCAGAUUGCGGGUCAAGGUAACGGCGGUGUCCGAACGCGGUGAUCUCGGUGGCAGGAUCUUGUUCUUGCAGCAAUGCAACUCGAUGUCCGUUGCGUCAACGCAUUUCCCUGGAUUCGAAGGCGAUAGCAUCUACUUCACAGAAAUCAAGCGGCUUAGUUUGACAUCUCGGCGUGAUAACACCACCGCGGCCAUAUGGAAGUGCCAGUUCAAGAACGGCAUCACGCGCCGGUGCAGUGUCGAGGGUGAGUGUGGAGGGCAUUCUCUGUGGCCGAAGCUUUGGUGGGUUCCUCCGAAUCUCCACAAGAAAUUGGGUGAGUGA